AUGCCUCCUCGCAAGCAAAUUGGAGUUCCAAGCACCGCGCCGACGCGUCGAUCAUCACGCGUCGCUGCCAGGGAGGCCACGACCACACCGGAGCCCGCACAUCCGCCAAGCUUAAAAGCUACGAAGGCAUCAGCGUCAGCAACGCCAAAACCACGAAAGAGUUCGACAGUUCGGCACAGACCUCGCAGACGCAGUCCCCGCACACAGGCCGCCAUUGAGGAGGAGCUUGCCGGGGAGGUUCAUGAUGCCGCCGCAGGUCAAGAUGCUUCAGAGGAGCGGAAGGCUUCAGCCGUCGAUUCCUUUGACUGGAGCACCCUGACCCGUGGAAAUCAGUUUUGCUAUGGCAACGAGGAAGAGCAUAUCAGCGUUGGAACAGGAUUCCAUUUGCCUGGAACGAAUAAGCAUAUUCCCUCACAAUAUCCCUCUCCUUGCAAUAUGCGUUUCGAGGUACAGAGUGGGAACUCUAAGAUCAAGAAGAGUGGGGGUGUGCGGAUAAUCGGCGGAGCAGACGGGAUCAAGAUGAUUCCUUUCGUCAAUAUCGAACAUGUCAUCAUCCUCCCAGAGCCCAAAGCCAAGAGACAAAAGAACCACCGCGUGCUUAUCGUGCCCACCGCCGCCACUGGCCUCUCCCCCAUCAAACGGAAGUACCCCAAGAUCAUCUCAUACAGCCUGCCGAACAAGAACGCAGACAAGGACCUCAUUGGAACAAUUGGUGAGGCAGCUGAUGCCAGCAAAGACACAUAUCUCUCGGUCUUCAGGAAGGUCUUCAACCAGAAACUGAAGUCAUUUGGCAAGUCUGUCAUUGAUGCUACGGACUUCCAAAAAGCUGGGAUUUGGGAAGGGAAGACGACAGCAAGGUUCCGGCUCAACUAUCAGCCUCACCAAAGGACCAGCCACAUCAGAGCUAGGAGUGCGUUUUCAGGCCACAGCUACUUCCUUCGCGAGGGGCUAGUGUUUUUACACGAUUCCAAUGGGCGGCAUGGUGGAGAAGAUCUCCAUCUGUUUAUUCCCUUCAAUUCGUCCAGCAAGUCGCUUUUUCUACUUGCCUACGAGAAUGGGGAACCCGUUGGUGUUGGGUACCUGAUCGAGGAUCUUUCUGAACCGUACUUUGCAGCCACCGCCGAUGCGAAGAAGGACGAGCAGAAUUCUCUGAUGAUAGGCUUUGACGGGCUGCCUGUGGAGCUGUUGGAUGAGUUGAAGAAGUGGUCAGAGGGAAAUAGGAUCAAGACGACGAGGAUGAACCUGGGCGGUCUUUCUACAACUAUGCCGGAAACACACCAGCGUCAGGCUUCACGCCGCCGGGUAUGA